AUUUGGGGUCUACAAUGCAGAUCGAAUGUUUUCUGAUAUUUCUGCUACAUGGAAUGGAGUUCUUGAGGACAUGAGUGAUGUGAAGGAAUUGGUUCCUGAGCUAUUUUACCUCCCGGAGGUCCUCACAAAUGAAAAUUCAAUUGAUUUUGGCACAACACAGUUGGGAGGAAAGCUCGAUACUGUAAAACUUCCUGCUUGGGCUGAGAGUCCAGUUGAUUUUGUGCACCAGCAUAGGAUGGCUCUGGAGAGCGAGUAUGUAUCUGCUAAUUUGCAUGAGUGGAUUGAUCUCAUAUUUGGGUAUAAACAACAGGGCAAAGAGGCUAUUGCAGCAAAUAAUGUUUUCUUUUACAUUACCUAUGAAGGGACAGUGGAUAUUGAUAAAAUAUUUGACCCAGUGCAACAGCAUGCCACACAAGAUCAGAUUGCUUAUUUUGGACAAACACCAUCCCAACUUCUUACUAUUCCACACUUGAAGAAGAAACCGCUAUCAGAAGUUCUGCAUUUGCAGGCUAAUUGA